AUGGGGGUGAAGGAAUUCCUACGCAUGAGUAACGGAGAACGAGAUACAAGCUAUGCUCAGAAUUCUUUCAAUUGGUUGGAGCAGAGAUUGGUGAUAUCAACUGCAAAACCUAUCCUAGAGAAGGCCAUUGAAGAUCUCGUGAGCGAGGGCCUUCCCUCUAAUGUCUUAACCAUUGCGGACUUGGGUUGCGCCUUCGGUCCUAAUACGUUCACAGUGAUCACUACGAUCAAACGAAAAGUAGAGAAAAGGUGCAACGAAUUAGGUGUAAAACAGCCAGAGCUUCAAGUUUUCUUAAAUGAUCUUCCUGGAAAUGAUUUCAACUCAACGUUCAAGUUCUUUUUUGAAAAUUAUCAACAACUUGAAGGAGAAAGGAUCGGCGAAGAUGGUAAGAAGUGUUUCAUUGCAGGUGCUCCUGGCUCCUUCUACGAGAGACUAUUCCCCUUGAAUAGUUUACACCUUGUCCAUUCUUGCUACAGUGCGCACUGGCUCUCUCGGGUUCCACCAGGGCUCACAAAUGAAGUAGGUAUUCCAAUAAACAAGGGGAAAAUCUACAUCUCCAAUACUAGCCCCCCUCCCGUGAGCAAAGCUUACCUGGAACAAUUUCAAGAGGAUUUUACUUCGUUCAUCAUGCUGAGAUCAAAAGAGUUGAUCCCCAACGCUCGUAUGGUCUUGAUACUUCAUGGUAGACAAGGCGCGACCCUCCUCGCCUACGUGAUUAUUGGGAACUAUUAUCGAGGCCCUCAUAGCUAUGGUUUCGAGGGACUAAUUGAGGAAGAGAAGUUAGAUUCUUUUAAUGUGCCAUAUUACACGGCAUCAUGCAAGGAAAUUCAAGAAGUAAUAGACAAGGAAGGCUCCUUCGACACAAAACAAUUGGUAACAUUUGCUCUAGAUAUUGGGGACAAGGAAGAGACAAACAUGCAAGUUAAGGGAGAUAAGAUAGCUAAAAAUAUCAGAUCAGUUUCAGAACCCCUGAUUUCUCACCACUUUGGACAUGAGAUUAUAGAACCAUUGUAUGAGAAAUUUACUCGUUUGGUAAUUGAUCACAUGGUCAAGAAGCUUCCUAUUGAACUUGUGAGCAUUGCCAUCACACUUCAGAGAAAGGGCUGGAAGUAA